GUAACCAAAGGUAACCGCUCUCGACUAGUGACAGAAAGUCUUCCUGCAAUCGCCUAUUCCGGCCUCAAUAUUUCCCGAAGCGGGUGCGGUCGCAUCUGUCAACCAGCGGAGCCGCCCGGCCCAGCGCUGUCAUUCUCAAGCUUCCGCAACUCAUUCACCAAUAAUGUCAAUUACUUGAAAAGGCGCUUCAGCUCUGGGGAUUUAUCCUCAGAGUGCGACGACGGCGAUGCCGUCGUAGACCCUUACACAGGACAGCCGAUUCCGCCCGGAGCCCAACCCGUACCCAAGAUGGGUCAGCAGGCGCCUCCGCUGCAGAGCCAGCCGAUGCCAUCGCAACCGCCGAAUCCCAACACGGCCCAAGCCCAGCAAAGCGGCGGAGAAUUGUCUCUGAACUUAAGAGGUCCCCCACGAGGCACCAGCGCGCCAAGUAGCCCGGCGAAGAGUCGUGAGAGUCUGCUGCAACGCGUACAAAGUUUAACAGGAGCGGCACGAGACCAAGGUGCAUCCAUCUUAGGCGCAGCUGUUCAGAGUGCAACUAGACCAUCAUUCAAUAAAGAUCGAUCCUUUACUUUACUAGUUAUCGAUGAUCAGAACACGGAUUGGUCAAAGUAUUUCCGUGGAAAAAAACUACAUAAUGAUUAUGAUAUUCGAGUGGAGCAAGCAGAAUUCAAGGAACUCUCGUUGAUCGCGAGCGGCGAGCAAGGAUGCACUGUCUCGAUGGCGGUGUAUCGGAGCGGUACCAAGGUGAUGCGUUCAUUUAGGCCGGAUUUCGUUCUAAUUCGUCAAAAUCUUCGCGACGCCUCCGAGGACAAUCGCAGCCUUCUUCUCGGUCUGAAAUACGGCGGCGUUCCGAGCGUCAACUCGCUAUCUUCCAUCUACAACUUCCAGGACCGGCCGUGGGUUUUCGCGCACCUGAUGCAACUCCAAAGACGCCUCGGACGUGAAAAUUUUCCCCUGAUCGAGCAAACUUAUUACCCAAAUCAUCGCGAAAUGUCUGAAAAACCUUUCAAUGAAAGUCAACUACAUUUUAUGAAAUUUAGAUUAAAUUACGUUUCAACGCUGAAUCGUACAUACGCUAAUAUAAAAUAA